UGGCGGAAGCAGCCUCGGCUGACUGGGCAGCUGGAACAUCCUUUUAAAGAGACCAUCUGCACCCGGGCCUACUCAGUCCGUGCUUGCUAUAGACGGGUGCCCAGCAUGGCUCCACCGCCCCCGCCUGGCUCGGUGAUUGUCCCAGAUUGGCAGGAGAGCUCCGAGGGCAAGGAGUACCUGGCCUCCAUCCUGCGCAAGAGCCGCCGGCGCGUGUUUGGGCUGCUUGAACGGCCAGUGCUGCCCCCGUCUGUGGCCAUUGACACUGCCAGCUACAAGGUGUUUGUGUCUGGGAAGAGUGGUGUGGGCAAGACAGCGCUGGUGGCCAAGCUGGCCGGCCUGGAAGUGCCAGUGGUACACCAUGAGACCAUUGGCAUCCAGACCACUGUGGUCUUCUGGCCAGCCAAGCUUCAGGCCAGUGACCGUGUCGUCAUGUUCCGCUUCGAGUUCUGGGACUGUGGGGAGUCAUCGCUCAAAAAGUUUGAUCACAUGCUGCCGGCUUGCAAGGAAAAUGUAGAUGCCUUUCUCUGCCUCUUCUCCUUCACCGACCGCGCCUCCUUCGAAGACCUCCCUGGACAGCUGGCCCGUGUGGCUGGCGAGGCCCCGACCGCCGUCAGGAUAGUCAUUGGCUCCAAGUUUGACCAGUACAUGCACACGGAUGUGCCCGAACGUGACCUCAUAGCCUUCCGGCAGGCCUGGAAGCUGCCCCUACUGCGGGUGAAGAGCGUGCCAGGGCGGCGGCUGGCUGACGGGCGCACGCUGGAUGGCUGGGCUGGGCUGGCUGAUGUCGCCCACGUACUCAACAGCCUCGCCGAGCAGCUGUGGCACCAGGACCAGGUGGCAGCUGGCCUGCUUCCCACCCCUGCAGAGAAUGUGCCUGGCUGAAGGGGACAGCAUCGUGGGCAGUCAACUGUGGCCCCCGCUCUCAGCCCCACAAUGGAGGGCAGAGCUAGAGCAGCGGUAUUGGCUCUGGGAGGCCUGGUCAGGCAGGGUGGGGCCUGGCAAGGCACCUGCCCCAGAGCCUUGGCUUGCAGAAUUCCUGAUGACAACGAGGUGGAGUCCAUCCCACACACUUCCCCCAGCCUUUCCCUGGCGUAAUCCAUGGAUGGUGAUUGUGGAAGGCACAAAAGUGUCCUAGACUAA